CCUCGAUCCACUUCCCCCCUCUCUCUCCCUCGGGCCGACCAGCUGCAACUUCUUCCUCCUGACCACCAACCAACACCACCCACCACCCACCACCACCACCACCACUCCAUACACACACACACAUCUGGAUAUCCUGCAUAUCGCUUAAAUACUCACUUACUCUAUCCAGCUCUUCGCCACCCAGUGACAGCUUCUGCCCCAGGAAGAGUCAGUCUUGCUCCUCCAGCCAUCCAGAUGGCUGAACUUGACCUCUACGGUGAUCUGUAUGGUGACGUGGAUGAUGUUGGGUCGCCAGUCGCUCUGUCUCCCUCUCAGCAAGCUGCACCACACAACGACCCAGCAAGCGGAAUGCAGGCCGAACAGAGGGCCAACGCCCCAAGUCCUCCCGCGGGCGUUCCCGACCAUCCGAUGAACAACCCUCCCGCAUCGCAACCUACAACGUUCUCCAUAUCUACCUACGAAGAUCCAUCGUAUGCUAAUAAGAAACACAAUCCAACCGGUCAAUCGGACUCCCCUCAUCCACCUCGCCCUUCUGUCGAUACCAAUUCUGCCUCUCACACUGGCCCGGGUAGCAAAGUGUGGGGGGUCAAACCCUCUGACAUGCCUGAUGAAGGCAAAAUGUUCGUUGGCGGAUUAAACUGGGAAACCACAGAGGAUGCUCUGAAGCAAUACUUUGCUCAAUUCGGCAAUGUCGUACACUGCACAAUCAUGAGAGACCCCACCAACGGACGUUCGAGAGGAUUUGCUUUCUUGACCUUUGCUGAUCCGACGGUAGUCAACAAAGUGAUGGUAAAGGAACACUUUCUUGAUGGAAAACUUAUCGACCCCAAGAGAGCGAUACCCCGGGGAAGUGGCCCAGGCCCUUCGGCAAUCGCUGGCGCUCCCAUGGCCGACCGGCGUGCCGCUCAUCAUCAAUUCGGAGCAGAGACACCAGCUUCUCUGAGCAAUAAACUAUUCUGCCGGGGCAUGCCAGAAGAUGCGACUCCUCAAAGUUUUCGAGCUUUCUGGGCGCAGUAUGACUCGCAAGCCAACAUCGAAGAAGCUAUUCUGAUGAUGGAUCGAGAUAGUAAUCGACAUCGUGGAUUUGGAUUCGUGAACUUGGUGACUGGCGAUGAUGCGGAGUCCCUGCUGAGGUGUGGACCAUUUGUUAUGGAUGGUCAUCCGUUGGAGGUCAAACGGAAAGCACCAAGCCGUGCAAGGUUUGACGGCCGGGAAGAUCUGGCUAAAAUGGCCCCUGCCCCGCUCGAUCGCUAUGGGGUACCUUACGCUGGGCCAGCCCACCACAAUCCUGCUCCAUUCCAUCCGGCGCCUAUGGGCGGUUACUUCAAGCCGGGGAUGUCGGGCCCGAGUUGGAAAGGAUGGAAUCCGUCGAUGGUCCAGCCGAUGGCAGGUGGCCCGAAUCGAGGACUAUACAUGGGCAUGGGGAUCCCGCACGACGAUCGGGGAAUGGGCCCGGCUCGCGGGAUGAUCCACGAUGUCCCGGGGGGAAUGGUGGGUGCUUACGGUGGGCCGUACCAUCGCUCUGCUAGUGGCGGCUAUGGUCAUGAUUGGCGAGGUGGACCACCGGGAAUGAGAGCUGUUGGACCAGGCGCUUACCCUCCGUACCAUCAACACUCCAACCCCCCAUCAUCCGGAGGACCAUCCCGAAAUCAACGUGGCCCACGCAACUACGCUCCAUACUAGGAUAAAAUCAAAUUUUAACACACGAAUACUCAGCCCUGUCUCUCCAUGACUUUCGGCCGGUUCAUCGACUGGUUGGAUCGAUGGUUCUGUCUAAUUCUCGGUAAGACCUAUAGGGGGAAACGUCACAAUCGGGACGAUCAAAGGCCUCGUUGGCGCAGGUGCUUUCCAAUGUCUCACUUUUUCUUCUUUCCGAAAUCGAUUACUUUGGUCUUUUUUCCUCCUGAUCAGUUUUAAAAUAUAUAUAUAUACAUAUAUCAAUACGAUUUUAGGCCAAUACAUGAUGAAAAAGAUCCAAUCAAUUACAAGUCUUUACUCUUGUCUCUUCUUUCUCUUUCCUGCUCUCUCUCUCUAUACAUCUUUUUUAUAUAUAGAGAGACAAUUUUAAAAGCUCUACUGUGUAGGGGAGUUCUGAUAUGAUGAGAUAUUUAGCACUUGAUGAUUGAUAGUGCUAUAAUCAAAUCAAUCCUGUGUUACAUGUAUGAUGAUCUUUAGAGAAUUAUAUAUAAUUAUCUUUAUAUAACGCUCUCUUUAGAUUACUAUUCUUUUUUUUCCCUUUUUGAAGUCAAUUAUUCUUUUGUAUCUAUUAGUAGGUUGAGUGUUUUUCUUUCAUUUUUUUUUCUUUAUUAUACAUAUACAAAGUUUUAUACUGCUAUAUCAUGGUCUCCUCAUAUUUUGUCUUUAGAAAAAUACAACUUUUCAAACGUCAAAUGUGAGAUCUCUUUGAGUAGACUAGCAGAAAGAAUGUUUAGUUCUAAA